AAGUAAGAAACAGUUGUGGGUAGUUACGGAGGUAGGGAACAGGUAUAGGCUGGCAGGUCUGGAGCUCUCUAUUUGCUGGACGAAAUCACCCUUGUUUCUACGUACAAUCCAGCGAAAAUUUAUUGUUUUAACACCCCCUCCAAAUCCACGUCAAUGAAGGAAAGAAGAUCAAGCCAGAAACUCACCAAAAACGCGAUGGAUAGUCAAACUGUGAAAUGCAAAAUAGUUGUGGUGGGCGAUAGUCAAUGUGGAAAAACCGCGUUGUUACACGUUUUUGCUAAGGAUUGCUUCCCAGAGAGUUACGUACCCACGGUCUUCGAAAAUUACACAGCGAGUUUUGAAAUUGAAACGCAGAGAAUAGAACUAAGUCUCUGGGAUACUUCAGGUUCACCCUACUAUGAUAAUGUCAGACCACUUUCCUACCCAGAUUCUGAUGCUGUUUUGAUUUGCUUUGACAUAAGUCGACCAGAGACCCUUGACAGUGUCCUUAAGAAGUGGAAAGGCGAGAUCCAAGAAUUCUGCCCAAACACGAAAACCUUGUUGGUUGGCUGCAAAUCAGAUCUGCGUACAGACCUGACCACAUUAGUGGAGUUGUCCAAUCACAGACAGAAUCCAGUGUCCUAUGAUCAGGGCACGAACAUGGCCAAACAGAUUGGAGCAGCAACGUACAUUGAGUGCUCAUCGUUGUCAUCGGAGAACAGCGUAAGAGACAUUUUUCAUGUGGCUACACUGGCCUGUGUAAACAAACCAAACAAAAAUGUGAAGCGCAACCAAUCAAAGCGGGCCACAAAGCGAAUUUCACACGUGCCCAGCAGACCAGAACUGUCCUCAGUGGCUCCUGACUUACGGAAGGACAAGGCGCGAAGCUGCACUGUGAUGUGAGGACAGUGGGACUGCAGGAAGCAGUCAAAGGUGGUCAGCUCAAGUUACAAUGAUGUGGAAUGAAAGGCUAUUUUGAAAAAAGAAAGGACUCCGUUCAGUGCGCAGCAUCAUUUACAUACCAAUGUGUCUCAAAUCGCAUUUGCAAAGAUAUCCUUCACCUUUUUUAAUGAGUGCGACCUUGGGGUUCAACAAAUGGAAUGACCUGGCUUGGAAUAAGCUGGGUGUAGAUGCUGCCAGUGGAAUUUGUGAGACAAUAUCCUAAAGGAAUCCAGGUCAAAGACUUGCAAAGGCCUCAUACCAGUUAAAGAAGGCACGUGAGCUUGUUAGGAGGGGAGGGCGAGAAAAGGAAACUGUUAAACCAGAAAGCAUACUAACAUCCUACUUCAUUCUUGGGAGAGUUCCGAGGAUGUCUUUCCAAGACCCUCUGAUGGGGCCAAUAAUCUCCAAAUAAUAUUGAACAUGUAACAAAAGCUGUAGUUGCACUUUGUCCAUUAUCAUUGAAAGAAUGAGGUCAUUCCAAUGUUUUGACACCACUGAACAUAUGGUUUCUUCACUAAACAAUGCUGUAUGAUUGGUGCAUCAUGAUGCUUUAGGGUGGUAUUAUAAUGGCUGGCAAAAGCUUCUCUGUAAUAGGUAUUGUAACCUUUUAAAUUAUGUUUUCAAACUGUAGAGCGUCUUACAUUUUUUUUGAAUGUUGAAGUUUGUAUGUCCAUUCUAAUGUUUUGGCAGUAUUUAUUAAGGUAUAGUUUUUUCCCUUGGAAAAUGUAAUCAAGUAUUGAUGUAAAUUAUUGCAAUAAUUCAUUUUAAAAAUCACAGUUAGAAAUAUUCAAGCAAACUUCUGUACCUUAUCACGAAACUGUAUUUUUAAUCUAAGCUUAUUGCAGCUUAGAUCUAUAAACAAAGAAUACUUAUUUCUUUGCCAAAUAAAAAAAAAACUCUUA